CGGACUGAACGGAUCGCGCGCGUCGUACGCAGCGGAAAAAAGCAGUACAACAACGGCGGCGGGGCGGUUAAACAAAACGCCGCCAAAACACACACAGCGAAAAAAUUAUUGUUAUUAUCUGAAAGUGCCCCACCCCUCCCCUCUCAGUGUGUGUGCGAGCAUCGGCGGAUACCUGUGUGUGAGUGCGCGAGUGUGUUUGCGUGCGAAAGUGCAUUAAUUACACCGAUACCAAUACCAAGGCAGAAGCAGCAGCAGCAGCAACAUCAGCGAGAGAAAGAGUUACCACAAAUGCAAAUACAGUAAAAUAAAAUACAAACAAAAACAGAGGCGCAGCGAAUGGAAGUGGAAAUCGAGCAUCCACACAGAGCCCAAUAAAUGAUAAAAAUUUAAUUUUUUUGUUGUUUCCAAUUCAAUUUUGUGAUGCUUUUUCUGUCGAAUGCAAUUCGCAGGAGUCGCAGUAAAAAGCCACCCCAAAUCCAAAGUGCAUAAAUCCACGGAAAACAACAGAAAAUACACCCAGUAAAGUCGAAUCGGUGCAAUUGGACUCGGAUCGGGUUUUCGCUUCGGUACGCAGAAAGGCAGAACUCAACGGGCGCGUCGAUACCUUUUUUGGAAGUUUUCGAAAGAGCAACACCGAAAGCAUUGCCUCGAAAUCCAAUCAGUAAAAUGCGCAAGUUUCGAAUACGGUCCAAAGCGGGUUAAUAAACGUACAAAGCCAGCGAAAAAGGAUCCGAUGCUCAGCCAAGGAAAGCCGCUCCAAUGGUCUCUCAACGCAAAUGUGCUAAAAAUGUGCAAGUGAAGCGGAAAUCUUACCAAAGUAAUUGAAAGAAAGAUAUCCAUAAAGCCCCCAAAUCAAACAAGCCGAGAAUCCUAACAAUCCCCACACUGGAAUAUAUAAAAGAGUGCAUAAUGUUCAAUGGGAAGGAGGGCUCCCAUUUAAAAUGAUGCCCCUCCAUACGCGGCAUACGACGCAAUGCUCCUCCUAAAUAGAAGAAGAUUCUGCUGCGAGUGUUCCGUUUUCGAAACAUGGUACGCGACAGUAGCCGUAACAUUUGUUUUGGAAAAUUAACCGAAACUUCUACGCCGCACCACCAACAACAACAACAGCAACAGCAACAACACUUCGUUGUGGAUAGCAGCACCAUUAACAAUAACAACAAUAAUAACAACAUCAACAACAAUAAUCAGAAAUUGAAAAGGUCUACAGAGGAACCACCGACAAACAGCUUCGAAAGGAACUACUACGACCGCACCAGCAGCCGCUUAGUCAGUCAAUAUCAGACGAGCAACUCCGCCUCCUUGGCCAAUUCUAACUCAAUCUCCAGUCCCUCGUCCGUGAGCGCCUCCGCGUCAGUGUCCGCAUCGGCGGCUGGAGGAUCCUCCGAGAGAUCGCGCAACCGAGAUCGCUUGUACAGGAAUGGUUCUGCCAGCGGUCACAGCGGCGGCAUCAACAGCAGCGGCAACAGCAGCAACACGACGACGACGACAGCAGCCUGCACAGCUGGAGCUGGAGGAUCUGGAACGGGUGGAGCUGGAGGAUUGAUAGUAUCAGGAGCUGGAGGAGUGCCGCAGGCGCUAGGCGACCGGAGCAGCAGCCACAAUAUCCACCAGAAUCAGCAGAGCGCGCGGGUGGCACCACCACAGUCAUGGUACGAAGCCGCCGCUGCUGCAACGACGGCCCAAUUAAAAAGUCCUGGUGGCAGUGGCAAUGCCGGCGCCUCAGCAGCCGGUGGCUUUACAAUGAGCAGCUCACCGAUCAACCAUCAUCAGCACCAGCACCCACAUCUUCAGAAUCCUCAACACCCGCACUACAGCAGCAGCACAGCGGCAGGAGCCGUAGGAUCCUGUCCAUCUCCCGCCCAAGGACAGUUACAGAUCCAAUCGCAGACUACGGCCGUGCAUCGGAGCGUGGCUUAUGCGGGGAGUGCUGCGGAUGACUUGCUAACCACCGCCACCUCGCGCAAGAUGCACCACCUUCACAGUAGCAAACUCAAUAAGCUACUUAAGGGGGCAGGAGCAGCGGGCAGCGGAGGAGCACGCUCUGGUUCGGAAUCGCCAGGAGGAGCUGGAGGAGCUGCUCCGUUGGCGACGACAAGUACAAUCACAAACAAUAGUUUUAGUAGUAAUAGUUUAAAUAAUACAAUAACCACGGCAACUCCAACGAUGCCCACUGUAGUAUCUGGAGCUGCAGGAUCGGUAGGACUAGGAUCUGGAUCAGCUGUGGGAGCAGCUUCCAAUCCCGGUUCCGGCUUGGCCAGCGGUGACAUUCUAAAUGUGGCCGCUGCUUUGGCCGCCGCUGUGGACAAUGUUAUGCCAGUGCAUGCGAUCCGGACGCGACACCACCUGCACGGACGCAGCACCACCUCCUCCAGUCGCUCGCACUCGCGUUCGCCGAGUAGCUACAGCAGUUCGCAUAGCUCAUCGUCCUCAUCGCACUCCUCAUCCCACUCGCACGCGUCCAGUCCCGUCCAGUCUACGGGCAAUUGUGCGAUGGCAGAGGGGCGCGGCGGGCGUACCCUCCAGUCCGUCGCCGUUACCAGCAACUCUUCAAAUCCCAGUGGCAAUGCUGGCAACGCCAGUAGCGCAGGCGGCGGCGGAGGCUGUGGCUCCAGUUCAUCCUCAAGCAGUAGCUCUAGUUCCAGUGGAUCCUCCUCGUGUCUGCCGGCCAAUCCCGUGGUGCAUUCCGAAGACAACCGGCCGCUGGCGAUACGUGUCCGCAACCUGCCCGCCCGUUCCUCGGACACAUCGCUCAAGGAUGGUUUAUUUCAUGAGUACAAAAAGCACGGCAAGGUCACGUGGGUCAAGGUGGUGGGCCAAAACUCGGAGCGGUAUGCUUUAGUUUGCUUUAAGAAGCCUGAUGACGUCGAAAAAGCUCUGGAGGUCUCGCAUGAUAAGCACUUUUUCGGUUGCAAGAUCGAGGUAGAACCUUAUCAGGGCUACGAUGUCGAGGACAACGAGUUCCGCCCCUAUGAAGCUGAGCUCGAUGAGUACCAUCCAAAGUCUACAAGGACGCUCUUUAUCGGGAACCUUGAGAAGGACAUUACCGCCGGCGAGCUGCGUGGCCACUUUGAGGGCUUUGGUGAGAUCAUUGAGAUCGACAUCAAGAAGCAGGGCCUAAAUGCCUACGCGUUCUGUCAGUAUUCGGAUAUUGUCUCAGUGGUGAAGGCAAUGCGCAAAAUGGACGGAGAGCACUUGGGCAGUAACCGGAUUAAGUUGGGCUUUGGAAAAUCAAUGCCCACCAAUUGCGUUUGGAUUGAUGGUGUCGGCGAAAAGGUUUCCGAGUCGUUUCUUCAGUCACAGUUCACGCGAUUUGGGACAGUGACCAAAGUCAGCAUCGAUCGGAACAAGCAGUUGGCCCUAGUGCUGUACGACCAGGUGCAGAAUGCCCAAGCCGCAGUGAAAGACAUGCGCGGGACGAUCAUGCGGGGCAGAAAGCUGCAAGUGGAUUUUGCAUCGAGGGAGUGUCAGGAUGCCUUCUAUGACAAGCUGGAGAAGCAGCAACAGCAACAGGGUUCGAGUUCUAUCUCGCGCUUUAGUCGCUAUGAGCCGACUGCCUCCUCAUCGCAAUCCCGAUCCCGCGCGUCUUCCUUUAGCCGCCACCAGAACAACUCAAACGACGGAUGCUCGCCUGGAAGCACGCCGGGAGGAGCUAGCAGUGGAAAUGCCACUGGAAGCAGUACAAUUAACCAAAGCACCAACAGCAUCAUCACUUCAAGCAUUGGUACCACUGCCUCCAGUGCAAUGCCAGCUCCAAGUUUAGCGCCUGCUUCAGUAAGCAGUAGUGGCAACAACUCCGGAACGAUGCCUGCAGCCGCAUCCAUGCCCUCGACGCCAAGCUCGUCUUCUAGUUCGAUGCCCAUGUCUCCGGCUGCUCUGGCGCAAAGGCAUCGAAUGGCUCGAAAUGCGCGUCAAACCGUUGACUGUGAUUUCAACGAUGUGGGUCGCCUUCGGUUUCGCAACUCUGAGGAGGUUGCUGGAGGUUCAGGAAAUUCCACGCUGUUUGAGGAAGUUCGCUCCGAUUCCCCAGUACUCGCUCGUCAAGGAACAGCUUUAUCUGGAUCUGCCGGAGCCGUGGGAGAAUCAAUCGAUGGAACGAUAAACAGUAUCCAAAUUGGUGGUGGAGCAAUUGCAACGUCGGGAUCAGAAGGCUUCACCGGAUCUGGCAGCAACAGUCUUAGCCGGAGACGUUGCGGUAAGACACCUAAAGACUUGCACUCCGUGCACAAUCAACGUUUCCAUUUGGCAGAACAACUCGAGGAGUGCCCCUCCAGUGGUGAUGAGGGUGUGGUCAGUCCGCGUAAGCGAAUAAAAAUGGAUUACCACCAUCACCAACAUCAUUCCAAUGCUAGUGGGCUGGAGUCCACUGGAGAACACAGCAGCAUCAACAAACCCAGCCCCCUUUCCUUGUCCAACUGUGAUGUGAUACACGAUCCUCUUAACCGCAAAAGCGAAAUACGCAGGGUGUCCGAGACCCCGAGUGGUUCCCCCAGCAUGAAGUUUCCCGGCCACCUGCCGUCGGCGCCUCCAUCCAUGAUGCUUAGCUGCCGGCGCCCGUCCAUUGAUGUAGGAGCACUGUCGGCGCUCUCUAGCUCCUCGGCUUUCCGUCACGGAAUCGUUGGAGCUAGCAGCAUGGAUCAACAGCAUAUGUUGAACGCUUCCUUGGCUGCAAAGAGGAGACGAGUGACCAACUCCAUGCAGCAGCCAAGCUCAUCCUCAACCAGCAAUAAUUCUGGUGGAUCUGGCUUAGGCGGCAUAAGUAGUCUAACGCCGACGGAUGACUACCAUCAUCACGUCUCGAGAGGCAGGGGCCAUCAGCUACAUUCCCAUCACUCCCACGAGGCCAGCGGUGGAGAAAGUGCGGACGGGUCUCGUCCUGGAACACCGCUGUGCGAUGAGCGACCUGAGGUCUUGCCCACAGAGCCACGCCGCCUGCCUCCGCCUAGAGAAAGAGCGCGAGAGAGAGUGCGGGAUGUCAUGUGGCUUCCCCUGCCAAAAUUCGGUGUGCUCUUUUUCCAACAACAGCAAUCCAGAGGCAGUGGAAGCGGAGGGGGAAGCAGCUACCUACAGCCGCAACUGGGGGCAGGGUCGUCCGGAGGUUUGGGAGGUUUAGGAACUUCUUCGACCUCGGCAUGCUCCCUCAAUAACUCUAGUCUAAACGCCAGUCAGGCAAUAAGCUCCUGUUCUGGAACUGUAUUGCUGCCCAGCCCAUCCUCACGAUAUUGGCGAUCGUCCUCGCACCACCAACACCAUCAGCAUAAUCACCAGCAGCAGUCGCAGCAAUUGCAUGGAUCCACAUCUUCCAAUUCUGGUUUGAUGGCCAGUCCGGCACGCCCACGCUCACUUAGUUCCAAUUCCAGCGAUUCUGACGUACCUGGUCAAAAUGCUGGCGGAAGUCCAUCGUUGGAUGAGCGACUUCGCAACUUUGAGGAGAACUACGAGAGAUGGUCUGGAGGAAGCAGCAGAGAUCAUGCUUCAAGUCAUACCCCCUCUAGUGCCACGCCAUCCUGGCAGCUCUCCAUGCACAUGAACUUGGGGAGCAGCUUGAAUUCGCAUCAAACAAGUUCGGGGUCCGGGAAUAGCAACAGUUCAAGUGGUACAGUAUCGAGCUCCACGAGCAAUUCUCGGCACAAGUUUCUAGACAUUGACGAGCUGCAACCUUCGGACAUUGUCAAAUCCGUACUAGCCAAAAAAAGCAUAUUCGAUGACGAUUUCCAACGGCUAAAUAAAAACCAGUGGUACGAUCCAGCCAGCUCUGACUUCGCUUUGGGCUCCAGCUCCAAUAUUGUGGUGGGAUCUUCAUUGGGAUCUAGUGCAUCCCGACAUGCUGGUGGCGCAAGCAGCGGAAACACCUCACCUGCCUUGCCCAAUCUCGCGGCAACUAAAACAACUCCAAUUAUUGGAAACUGUGGUGGUGGUUUGGGAAAUUCGACGAGUAGCAAAACGGCGGGAUUGCUCCAGAGGCUCAGCAGUUUGUCACCCAUGAACUCACCUCAAGCUUCGAUGUCGCCCUAUAACAGCCCAUCACCCUCACCUUCGGUGGGAGGAGCUACGUCCGCUAGCCAUGGACAGUUGAACAAACCUACAGCUCCGGGAGCUGCAAGUGGAGGACUCAGUGGAGGAUCUACCGCCGCCUCUUCCUCACCAGCUACCAAUUCGGGACCCACUAAGGGUCUCCAGUACCCGUUUCCAAGUCACCCGCCACUGCCAAACACCGCUGCACCACCGCCGGCCGUGCAGCCAGCGCCACCACCUCCUCCAGAAAUGGCAAAACAAUCGAGAUCGGUUGUACACAGUUCAGGAAGCAAUCUGACCAAGAGUUUAAGCGUGCCAGAUGCUCCUCAACAGUCACCAGCGAGAAUACAGCUUCAGAAAUCUGCCUCAGUGCCAGGGAGUACUAACGUGGGCACCACCAACAGCUUAUCCUCAGGAUCUACAACCGGAUCUACGAGUAUAUCUGCAUCUACUUCAUCAUCAUCGUCCAACGGUAACAGUUCCUCAACCACAACAACGUCACAUGUACAAAAGCCACCACAACCGACCUAUAGCGAGGAGGAGCAGUCGAAAAAGAGUGGUACCUCGUCAUCGCAAUCCUCCAGUUCCAGCUCGAAGAAGGUCAGCAGCAGCCAUGACAAAUCUCACAGCAAGCACAACAACCGAUCGGACAGCGACAAGAAGAACAAAAAGUCUGAAAAAAAUUCGUCAUCUCAUUCGUCGUCCUCCGAUAAGCGGAAGAACUCGACUGCUUCCCAGUCCUCCAAAUCAGCUACUCCCCGGAUCGAAGACGACUCCAGUGAACCCGAUGAGUCGGCAGAGAAAUCCGAAAAGGACCAGCGCCACGAGAGGGAAAAGAAGGAGCGUCAGGAAAAGGAGAAAAGAGAAAAGGAUCUGCGUAAGCAGCACGAGCGAGAGGAGAAGGAGCGAAAGGCCUUGCAGGAGGAAAGAGAGAAGGAGGAUCGAAAGGCUAAGGAGGAGAAAGAAAAGGAAAAGGAGCGGGAGAAAAAGGCCCAGGAGGAUCGGGAAAAAAAGGAAAGAGAAGAGCGAGAGCUUAGAGAGAAGGAGCAGCGUGAAAAGGAACAAAAGGAAAAAGAAAUCCGAGAAAAGGAGAUGCGCGAAAAGGAGCUAAGGGAAAAGGAGUUGCGAGAUAAAGAUCAAAGGGAAAAGGAGCAGCGUGAGAAGGAGCAAAGGGAAAAGGAGUAUCACCGCGAGAAGGAUCAACGUGAGAGGGAGCAGCGGGAAAAGGAACAAUCUCGCCGAGCCAUGGAUUCGGAGCAAGAAGCUCGCUUGGGUCGCAUGCGUGAACUCUCUUCGUAUCACAAAAGCAAAGCAGAUGCCACCGUAGAGGCUAGCAGCUUUUAUUCCCACAACAAUGCCUCUUCCUCAACUGCUCCAAUCGACUGUCACCACAACAAGGAAAACGCUGCGGAAGCCACUUCUCCCAAUACUCCGAAUGCUUCCCCAUCAACACCUUCAGAAAACGCAUCCAAGGAUCGCUCCCGAAAGUUGUCUAGAAAUUCGCCAGUGCGCUUGCAUAAACGACGACUUAGCUCACAAGAAAGCAACCACAGUGCCGGAGUAGGCGGAGGAUCGAGUCAACAGAACCACCAUGAAGACUAUGUGAAGCGAAUAAGAAUGGAAAGCUCUCAGAAUACAUCGGCUCACAACAGUAAUCAAAGGUUGAAUGACCGCCGGGACUCCAAGGAACACAAGAGCAAUAGUUCUAAGGAAGAUAAAACUAGUAGUUCUCACACCUCAAAGUCCCAUGGUAGUGGAGGAAGUUCCUCCUCGUCCUCAAAGCAUCAACGCCGGGACAAACAUCACCAGAAGAGCAGUGUAAGCUCCAUAGAAACGAAUCCCUCUAUUGAAAUGGUGGUGGAUCCUUCUCCGCAGACUAAGCCACAGUUAAAUACGAGUGAGGAGGAGCAGCACUCUCAGCCCAAAAGAGAGAAGGAAAGGGAGCACUCCAACAGUCACCAUCAUGGCAGUAGUUCAUCCUCCAGGCAUAAAAGCAAAAGAGAGCAUCAUCACCAUCGCGAGAAAAAGCGGCAUUCGGUGGCGGAAUCCACAAACACAGAUGAAGAACACACACCACAGCAGCACAAUCCUCACAGGAGAAUAUCGGCGGCAGGAAGCGGAUCUGCUGGAGAACUCAGCUCAGCUGCCACUAACACCUCGAGUGGAAAACCGCAUCAUCACCACCAUAGAAGAAGUGUGGAACGGAAAUCGUCGAGGGGGUCUGACGAAGGCCAUAUGUCUUCCUCGAAAUCGCUUCGCGCUAAACUGAUGAUGCUAAGCUCUGCAGAUUCUGACGACACGGAUGAUGCUUCCAAGAAGCACUCAAUUUUCGACAUUCCGGACGAUUGUCCAAAUGUUUCAAUGUACGACAAAGUAAAAGCUAGGAGCUGUAAGAAUAUGCAACGUCAGGCGGAGGAAAAGAAGAUCAAGGCGAAAUUCUCGCAGCUGAAGCAAUCUCGUGCCAAAAAGAAGCGCUCUACCAGCUAUGACGGGGAUUCGGACACGGAGUUCGAGGAUCGUCAUCAUCGGAAUAGUGGCAGUAGCAGUUUCCAUGGUCGUUAUCCUGGACUCUCUAGCAGCGAUGAUGAUGACGAUGAAGAGUGCCAUCAACGGCGGAUUUCUUCUGAUUCGGAUGCAGAGCCCGGAGAUCAGGAUCCACAGGAUACAAGCUCCCUACCUGGUAACAGGUUGCGUCAGAUGCAGCAGAACCUUAGGAGACUUUGCGAUGGGGACGAUAGCUCUGAGGAUGAGAUUAGAAGGAAUGUGAUGAGGCACAGUCAUCUGGGAAAGCGAAACUCGCACUCUACCCGGAUUGCAUCCGAUUCGGAGUCACAAUCCCUGCCAGCUCCUGAUUUGGCGAUUAAACAAGAACAACCCGCGGCUCCAGUCCAGGAAAUCAAGCGAGAGCAACUCUCUGACAGCGAAACAAAAUUCAAAUCCCGUCAUGAUUCCAACUCCUCGAUAGAAGAGCGCAAGCUGAAGACGGAAAGAGAGAUUAAGAAAGAGAUUGGAGAUUUCUACAAUUCAGCUGCUUACACAUACUCUGAUUCUGGGAAGACGAAAGAUUACUCUCCAGAGACUCGAAAGAAGCAUAAGAAGAGCAAGAGGCGCCUAAAGUCCUCUUCCACAGCGGAGACAUCUGCUCCUCCAACUCCUCUGCUGGUGACUCCGUCGACACCCUCCAUCUUUGAUGUCCACUCCUCGACCGAGUGCAAAACCAAGUUCGAUAGUUUUGAUGAUAUCAAAACUGAGGGUGCCUCUCUUCCAAUAGAAAUUGCAGCCAGUGAGAGGAGGAAGCACAAGGAGAGAAAGGAAAAGAAACGCGAAAAGCUGAGGAAUAUGACGGAGACCAAUAGCAGUACCAUUGUAAACAAUUUGCCCAUCACGAAUGAUACAGGAACAGAAAAAUUAUCAAAAGAAGAGCGCCAUCGUCUCAAGAAGUCUAAGAAAUCAAAGAGCCUGGAUACAUCCUCUUCCACGAAAUUAUACAACUCAGGAGUAGUCCGUCCUAAUGCUACUCCUAUGCCUGCCACACCCACUUCAGCUCCCGUGAUGACACAACCUUCAAAGAGAGGAGACGAUAAAAUGGAGUUUAUCUUUGGCAUCAUUUCUGAUGAGGAAGAAACCCAGUUUCCCGAACAACCAGAAAUUAAUAAGGACGUAAUAGCGAGCUGUGGCUCUACUACUGGCCCCAUUGUUUCCGCUGCUUUGCAAACCUACAAACAGGAACCUUCCACCCCUACCAGCAAAAAUCAGGAAGCACUUAAUCAAUUGCCAGUGCAGGAGGAUGAGCAGCAACAGGAGAGAAGUCGACAGACGGGUGGAAGCAGCUCUUCCUCUCAUGCGGAUAGGGAGAGACAUCGGAAGGAGAAGCGCGAGAAGAAGCGGCGCGAAAAAUCUCAGCGAGAACAGCAAAAUCAAGCACAACAGCAAUCCUCCAAGUCUGAGACCAAAGUGGAUGAUGAUAACAGCGUGGAUAUGGAUGAAGCAGGGAGGGCCCUAGAAGCUCAACUGAUGAUUGACUUUGACAGCAAGACGAUUCCAGAGGAAGCAACUCCUUCAACCGCCGCUACCUACAGAUCCGAUAUGGCGGAUGUGUUCCGAUUCUCCGACAAUGAAGACAACCAAUCAGUGGAUAUGAUUAAACAGGGCGCAAAACCGGAGCAGCUUGAGCAGCAUAAAAGCAAGGACAAAAAGAAGAAGAAAAAACGAUCCAAAGAGGAGAAGCAGGAGAAGAUGCUGCAACAACACCGCAGGGAUUCCCUGCCAAGUGUGGCGCCCACUUCAUCCGCUCCUCCUACUCCUGGUAAGCUGACUGUAAACGUACAAGCUGCCACCAAGCAUGCAGAAGAGCACUUGGACGCCAAGCAUGUUUCAUCGCCACCCUUGUGCAAACCAUCUCCCAGUUUGCCAUGUCUAAUAGGUGACGAUGACGAUGAUCUACUGCUUACACCAAAGGCAAAAGCUACGACGCCCACAAGCCGUGGAAGCGAUAGCCUCACUCCUUCGCGUGAGCAACCUCGUCUUAUUAGUCCUAUACCUAAAACUCCAACCAUUGCCAGCAGUUCUGUGCUGACCACUCAGUCUGCAGAGACUCCUGUGAGCAGUGGAACUGUAGUGACUUCCUCAUCUGCCUUGGCCACCACGCCCACAUCUUCCACAGCAGCGGGAGCAAGUGCAGCAGUAGCUGCAGUUGCAGGAGCGGAAAGUUCGCCCUCCAGUGCAUCUGCUCAAAGCAAGAAAAAGGAUAUCUUCAUACCUGGUUUCGAUGGUCAGCUGGAUGAUAGGAUUAGCGAAUCAGCUGUUCAAUCAAUUUCGGCAGAGUUUAAUUCAUCGUCUUUACUCGAUAACAUUGCAGAUGAGCCGAAAAUUCCGGUGGCAUCGCCUCCAGGUGCGUCUAAACCUUUGGAUAAGCUAGAGGAUAGCAAGUCCCGUGUGACCAUCUCUCAGGAAGAGACGGAGAGCGCCGUGUCCGCCCUUUUGGGUGAAAGUUUUGGAACUUCAUCUACGGCAGAUUACUCUCUUGAUGGCAUGGAUGAAAUGAAUUCAGUAAGUGAAAUGGAAACUCCAGCUCUAGUGGUAGCAGAACCCGAUGAAGAAGCAGCUUUGGCAGCCAAAGCCAUCGAGACAGCUGGGGAGCCUGCAGCGACUCUGGAGGAACCAGAAAUCGAGCCUGAGCCAGAACCUGAACCAGACCCCGAGCCUGAUCCAGAGCCUGAAUCUGAAUUGGAACCUGUCGCAGAGGUCGGGGAUCCCGAUGAACUCAACAAAGCGGUGCAAAGCUUAAGGCACGAGGAUAUGAUGGACAUCAAGGCUGAUACACCGCAAUCAGAGAGAGAUCUUCAGAUUGAUACGGACACAGAAGAAAAUCCUGACGAGGCGGAUAGCAGUGGACCUAGUCUAAAGAUUGAUGAAACGGUGCAGAGCUCCUCGUCGCCGGAGAAGUCUAUUAGCCAUACUUCUGGCAGGGAAAUACCAAAACCUCAGGAGGAGUCUAAACCCAAGCCUAGCAAGGAGACCCCACAACAACCUUCUGUGAUUACCAAGUUGCCAACCUUGGAACCGCCAAAGGCGGCACCUGUAACUGGAACGGGCUUACCCUCCUCCCCUGCUAAGAUUGAGCCGCCAACCAUCAGUAAACUUCAACAACCUUUGGUACAGCCCGUGCAGACUGUCUUACCUGCCCCACACCCAGCAGGAAGCGGCGUAAAUCCAACACCCCUUAUCAAUUUGGAUCUGUCCAAUGUGAUGAGCAACUGCUCUAGCUCUAACUCCAGCACGGCUUCUACAACAGCUUCAGCCUCUGCAUCAAUCUCAUUUGGAAGUCCAACUCCAAGUCAGAAUACUAUGCCACAGGCUUCGACUCCCAAGCAAGCUCCACUUACAUCACACCAAACACUACGAGCCCAAUCCCUGAUUAUGCAACCACCCACAAUAUCCAUACCAGAACCGACUCCCCACUUUGUGGUGCCCACAAUGGUACUAUCUCCACAUCAGCAACAGCAGCCUCAUCACUCCCAGCAACCUGGAACUUACAUGGUUGGCAUUCGGGCUCCUUCUCCACACAGUCCGCUCCUUUCACCAGGACGUGGUGGUUCUCAAAACCGCCUAGUGGGUCAGUUGAGUCCUGUUGGGCGACCGGUGGUAAACCAACCGCCACCUCAGCAACAGGUUCAGCAACAUACGCUGAUAACCAGCCCGCAGGGUAGCAACAUAAGCCCAUUAGCAAGCCCUACAACGCGAGUAAUGGCCGCCAACAACUCGCCUUCAGCCAACAAAGCCAACAGUUACCAGCCAAGAAGCCAGCAACAACAGGUUUCACAGCAGCCUUCGCCUAAACCUAUGAUUGAGGUGCAGAAUUCAUCGCAGUUAAUGGCAAUUCCCCUGCAAAAAAUGCCAGCGUUGCCAGUGCCUCAUCACCCGACAAUUAUAAGCAAGGUGGUCACAGUGCAGCCACAACAGGCCACUCAAUCCCAGGUGGCCAGUUCGCCACCUUUGGGCAGUCUGCCGCCUCACAAGAACCUCAAUGUGAAUGCCCAGCAGCAACACCACCAGACCCAGCAGCAGCAGCAUUCCCCGCAAAUGAUGGCCAAGAUGACAGCGCAACACCAGCAGCACAUGCAACAGCUUAUGCAUCAGCAGAUGAUACAGCGACAACAACAGCAGCACAUGCAACAGCAACAACUUCAUGGUCAGGCGCAACAAAUCACGCCAGCUCAGCAACACCAAAUGCAGCAACAGCAUCAGGCUCAGCAACAGCAUCAGGCUCAGCAACAGCAUCAGGCUCAGCAACACCAUCAAGCACAGCAGCAACAUCAGGCACAGCAGCAACACCAAAACCAGCCACAGUUAAACCAACAUCACGCUCAACAGCAACAUCAGGCUCAAAAACAGCAUCAAGUUCAGCCACAGCUCAACCAACAACACCAGACCCAGCAGCAAGCACAGGCCCAACAGCAGCAUCAAGUUCAGCAACAGCUCAACCAACAACACCAGACCCAGCAGCAAGCACAGGCCCAACAGCAGCAUCAAUCUCAGCAGCAGUUAAACCAACAACACCAGGCUCAACAGCAGCAACUGCAGCAAAUACAGAAAUUGCAACAUCAGAUCCAUGGUGCCCAGCAACAGCAACAAUCGCCUCAGGGAACUGGCCAUUUGGGAGCCCCCUCGUCGAUGUUUGCAACACAGCAACAUCAUACCCAGCCUCCAUCACGAGGAUUGACUCAGCAGCAACCUCCGCAACAACUGCCGCACAGUCCACCAUGCAAACCAAAUACUUUGGUUUCAGUGCCUCAAGUCCAAGUGCCCCAGCCUGCAGCAAUAAUAACCAAAGUUGGACCCCAAGCACACGCACACCAACAUCAGCAACCACAUCAACCACUACCGCCAGUAAACCAUCAUCAAAAACCACUGUCUUCACCUGGAGGAAAUCUUCCUGUUCAAUCGCCACACAACGUUAUCCAGAAUACACCGAAGAUGAUUGUCCAACAACACAUUGUACACCCACCAAGCCAAGCACAACCUACUACAGCGAAUGUCGUACACUAUCUUCCGGGCCAGAGCAAGGAGAAUCCAGUUCCUGGUCCUGUGGAACCAUCACCGGCUAUGGCAAAUCUCAAGGCAUCGGAAAGUGUGUCGGUUAUUCGCACACCUACUCCAACCACCAGUUCGGCAGUGAUCUCACCAAAAACUGGGGCCUCCCUGUUAACUGAAGAAAAUCUGAUUAAGAUCUCGCAGCCGAAGCAGGAUGAGCUAAUCGAGCAGGAUUCCAAGGAAGUUGACAGCGAUUACUGGUCAGCGAAGGAGGUGAAUAUUGACAGUGUGAUAAAGAAACUAGAUACUCCAUUGGUUAGUAAGGAAGAGAAAAGGCCAGUCGAGAUGCAGACAAUUGCAGCGGCUCCAAUUCCAAAUCCGCAAUCUGUGGAUCAUGCUGUAGUUGAAGACACUCAUAUCGCAGCUCCCUCGGCGAGUGUGAACAGCUCCAACGAUCAUGACACAGAGGACGAAACGGAAACAAGACAAUUGCCGCCAGCAAAGCCUGUCGUACCCACUGUUGGAAGGCCUCCGGGAAGGGGUGGCAGCGCUAAGCGAGGACGCCAACCGAGGGGAGCGAAAAAGUUGGGAGGAUUCCCGCUAAAUGCAGCAACAGCAGUCCCAGGAGCGGAUUCGGGAUUGGUAUUACAGCCUGGUGACAAUGGAGUGCAAACCAGGCUGAGAAAACCUGUUACAGCUCCUGUGACCAGAGGCAGGAAAGGACGUCCUCCCAGGAAUCUGCUUUUGCAGCAGCAGCAACUCCAGCAGCAACAGCUCGAUCUGCAGCGAAAGUCCAUGGAAAUGGUCGGAGGUAGCACACCUGCAGUUGCACCUCCAGCAGUUCCUAAUCCUCCAAAUCCUGUGCUCACAGCUGCAGAAAAGAAAGCCAGAAAUCAAGCUAUGACUCAAGCGCAAGCCCAACAUCAAGUCGGAAGUCAAGUGGGAACUAGUCAGGAUAUCUACGAAUUCCAUGAAGACACUGGUGAAGAACCAAAGGGCAAGACAAAUUCGGCUAUUGCGCCACCUGCAGACGAUCAGCGACCCCGGCUGAUUCUCACCAUCAAUAAAACCCAACCAUCGAUUAAGAACAGUAUUGAAGUUGAGCAACCUGUGCAACAACAGCAACAACAACAACAGCAUCAGCCUGACGUUGCAUCGCAAGUGGAUCCAAUAGGAGGGGAUAACUCCGAGGCCAGUAACACACGCAAAUCUCGCCGUCUACAGGAAAAGGAGGAUCGUAGCACGGUAGACGAUAUCAUCGAAGAUGUCGUGCGAAAUACCAACACUCCAACUGGUACAGGACAGCAGUUGCCAAAAGGAGCCCAAACUCCACCACGACGUUCUGGCAGAAAUACGCAGGCCAAGAAGACGGAUGCAGUACAACCCGCCAACGCAGUGGGUCGCCCAAGACGCUCAAAGGACAGAAAGACCAUUGGUGAACCGCCAGCAAGCUUGAUGGAGGAGGCAAUCGCGCCCAAUCCAACGGCUGCAACUUCUGCAUCCAGUCUCUUGCCGCCACCCGAAGCAGUUAAUAUCCAACCACAUAUGCCGCAGUUGGACAGUAAGGAAGUGGAACCAGUACAAGUUGUUGCACCGACUCCUACGUCAACUUCUGUGGCCGUGUCUAUUCCCGUUCCAGCUCCCACGCCUGUCAUGGUUCCUCCCAAGCCCACAAUGCCUCAACAUCCCAAGAAGAAAGCCAUUGCGGCGGCGGAGAUUGAAUCCUAUCAGGCCAUCAACUCAUCCAUUCCCAGCGGUGGGUUGCCAAUGCAUCAGACUGCCGCCCCUGCUACUCAAAAGAUCACUGGUGGGGCAGCGGAUGCGGUCAGCAAGGCUCUGGUUGAUCCCGUCACGGGAGUUAUAACCGCAGGAAUGCCUCAGGGCAAGGAGGGCAAUCUUCCAGCUGCCACCGCUGCUGCUCCUGCCAACAGCAGCAAUGAAGCUGGUCCAACGCUUCAUAUUUCUCAGCAGCAGCAACAUCCACCGCAAGCACCACAGCAACAAGCAAAUUUACAGAUCAGUACCACUGUGAUUGCUUCUGGUGCAGCACCACCGAUUACGGCAUUGGGAAAAUCAGUGCAACUUGAGUCCGCAGCAUCAGCGGCCCUGCUCAACAAAUCAGUGAGUGUUCUGGUAAAAGGAAACCCCACUCAACAGGUGAUUCCGCAGCAGCAACUCUCUCAGAUAGUGGCUCCGCCAAAGCAACCCAUUGUACUGCAGUCAAAUCCCCUUCCCACUGUGCUGCAACAUGCUCAGCACAGCAACGUGCGACCACCUCAACCACUUAAGGCUCACGUACUGAACAGGGAAAAGAAUCUCCAGCAGCAAUUGACGCCCACAAAACAACCAGUAGCUCAACCCCAGCAGCAGCAGCCACAUUCCACUCACAUGUUGCUGACAGAUACGCCAGUAAAUCAACAGCAAUUGCAGCCCCAGAUUAUUGCACGUCAUCUGCACCACCAACAUCUUGUGGUAAACGUGCCGCCACCGACAGCACACUCGCCGCAUUCGCCUAGGAUUUCCGGUCAGCAACAACAGUUGGGACCGGGAGCUACCGUGAGUCCCCAACAGCAGCAGCCACAAACGUUGGUGAUCAAGCAAACGUCUUCGGCUACGACACCACAAAUAUUGCAUGUGGUGAGUUCAAAGGCUUCAGUGGUAGCGCAGCCGCAACAGCAGCAGCCGUUACCCCCUUCGUCUGCAGGAGCUCAUAUUCAGCUGGGCAAGCCGAACUAUGGCUACGCACCCGCUGUUUUACCACCCACUUCAUCGGCAUCCGUUCAACAGCAGCAUCUGUACAAGCAAUCCAAUCAACAGAAGGGAACUCAGAUGCAACUGCCCCUUCACAGCAUGAUAUUGCCCACCCAUCCUGGGAUGCUGCAGCAGAAACUACCAGCACAUCUGCAGCCGCAGCAGCAUCAGUUGAAUCCUUCGCCGCCGCCUGGAAAGCCAAAUCCUGUAGUGCACAACCUGCAGGCUGGACAGAUAAUGCCAGGAGGUGUGGCAAGUCCACCGCCGGUAUCAGCUGCAGUGUUGAAAUCCGCUCAGCAGCAGGUUAAUACCUCCGUCGGACCACCUGGGCUGCGCACUGCCAUACCGAAUAUAAGUCCGCAGGGUCAGCCAAGAGUUUCGCCCUUGGUUUUACCACCCGGAAUGACCGGAGUGCCACCUUUUGACGGAAGUCUGCACGACCUGGGCGCUUAUGUCGGUGGACGGCGAACCCAGAGUCCGCCUCCUGCUCAUCAGCAGGCAUCGCCUAUAACACCGAACGAUUCAACCUAUCGAGGAGUGGCUGCUUCCAGGGACUUUAUGCUCUACCAGCACCACUUGAUGCGAGGUGGCGACUACGAUGACAAGAUGAGCAACAGUCCGCCGCUAGAGCUAAGACGACCCGGCAGUGGCCCUCCAAGGACCAUCGCAGUGCCACACAGUUUGCAAAGUCCUCAGGAUCGCACCGCAGCUGACUCGCCGCAAAUGGCGCAGGUUUAUGUGCACAAUUCCCGCAUUCCACCGGCGCACUUUAGCGAAAUCGCAUCGCGAGGCUUGUACGAGAGUGGUGGCUUACAGCUCGAGCCGCCGCCGGCCCAUAGACCAACAGCUUCUAUUAGCGUGGUGGUGCCACAACAAAUGCCACCUGUCUCCAGCGGAAGUCCAUUUAUUGGACGCGAUGGCAACGUGCAGCCGGGAACCCACCUUCACCCAGGCAAGGCAAUGGAAAUGCAGUUAGAUGAUCUGGACCGCAUGUCUAUGAUCGCAGCUGUCGUCAAGCAACAGCAGGAGCAUCUACAACCUGCUCUGCACGCUGGUAUGGAACUGGUCACCCAGCAGGCUCCACCAGCCAUGGCUCCACCUCCGGGUGAUUCGCUGGUCACUCUUCUGCAACGCUAUCCAGUAAUGUGGCAGGGUUUACUGGCCCUAAAAACUGAUCAGGCCGCUGUCCAAAUGCACUUUGUGCACGGAAACCCGAAUGUAGCAAGAGCGUCGCUUCCCAGUUUGGUGGAGACCAAUACCCCGUUGCUCAGGAUUGCGCAGAGAAUGCGACUGGAGCAGACACAGCUGGAAGGAGUCGCCAAGAAGAUGCAGGUUGACAAGGAGCAUUGCAUGCUUUUGGCUUUGCCAUGCGGAAGAGAUCACGCCGAUGUGCUUCAGCAUUCAAGGAACCUUCAGACCGGAUUUAUCACCUACCUGCAACAGAAAAUGGCCGCCGGCAUUGUAAACAUACCAAUUCCAGGCAGCGAGCAGGCGGCCUACGUUGUGCACAUCUUCCCGGCAUGCGAUUUUGCUAACGAGAACCUGGAGCGGGCUGCUCCAGAUCUCAAGAAUCGCGUGUCCGAGUUGGCACACCUCCUGAUAGUCAUUGCCACUGUAUAAAUCGCAGAACAGGCUACUUACUGAUAAAACAAAACAAAUUGAAGAGAAAGGCCUAAAAACAACCGGAUUUUAAAACCCACAGAAAAAUACAACUGCAAAAAGUAAACCAGAAAGAAAAAUUAAACCAUCAAAAACAAGAUACGCUCUUCUAGUAUUUUAAGUAAUUUUAAAUAGCGAUUAAACAAGCAAAAGUUUAAAAAAGCAAAGCAAAACGAUACAAAAAGAACUUUAACAAGCUGAAACAAGAUGCAAACUUUAUUGAAUAAACAAAUGCAAGAGAAGCAGAAGAACAUUGAGGCCAAGAUCACAUCUUACCGUAAAGAGACCCGCAAGAGACUCAAACAAAGCGAAAAAUCCCAUAAAAUUCCGACACUUUGAAAGCUGAAGCAAAACGAUGAAUAUUUGUCAAAAUUAAUUAUUUAACUCUCCCUAAUUUAAAAACAUUAACAAAAAGCUUGCAAAGUAUCGUUAAGUUUGAUCUCAAGAAAGAAAGUUUUAUUUUUGCUUAAUUUAAAAUGAAAGAAACACGUAAAAAACACGAACACCUACACAUGCAAAUUGAAAGAAAUGUUUAAGAAAGCUUACAACAUAUUAACUGUUUACUGUACUAUGCAUACUACUACCCAUACAUAAUAUUAAUAUCCGAUCCUAUCCCUAACACGAUUAAGUUUUAAUUGGUGUAUAACUUUCGACUACUUCGAUAGGAAAGUUACUGCUCCGCGUUAUACAAAGUUUCCGCCCCGAACGACCAGACGUUUUAUUUUAGACAGAUCGGUUCCUUGGCUCUAUGGUAUGCCUUCCUAUAAAACUAGUACACGGGGCCUGACAUAGACCCAAAGAACACUAGAUGGGACUGUCGCCCAUGCUGUUGAGCACAAUUAGGUUUAGAGAUGCGCCCAGAGGCUUUCCUACGAUAGCAUACACACACAUACAUUAUGCAUUACAUAACAUUAUCUAGACGCGUAUUUAAUUAUAAUCAAUAUUUUAAGCCAAAUACUUUAAAGUUAAGACACGUUUUAUUUCGUGUUGCUACUUUCGCUCUGCACCAGAGUUUCUUCUAUUCUCUUACAAAUCCUGAUAGUUUCCGACUCGACGCGGACGGUAAUUUUAUUUGUUAUUUCCUACCUUUUGUUUCUAUUUUAUAUUUUUUUAUUACCACCACCACUGCCACAAAACGAAAUCUAAAAAUCACUGGUCUACAUCUAAACUUAGGCGUUACGAUCUCCCCCACUUAUUAGUUAUUGAGCGCGAAACUUUGUACAAUGUUGGGCAGUUUCUGGGCCUUCUUUAUGCUGACACCCCACAAGAACAUUUACACAUAAACAUACCCUUCACAAUAUGAUACAAUAACCUAUAUAGUACCCUCUCUGAACACUCCUUAAACUAAAUCGUAAGUUUUCACACGACUUGUAAAUUUUGUGACCGAAAAGAUAAUAUGAAAAAGAAAAACCGAGUAAAAGAAAAGAAAACAAAACACAACUGUAAAAUAUUUAAAUUAUUUAGACUCUAACAAAUAUGAAAUGUAAAUACAGUUUAAUUAGUGUUUAGCUCGUAUUUAGUUGUAUGUUUUAAAACUAAACUAAAGAGAAACAAACUGUACAUUAUAUAACAAAUUUAAAGAUACGAGAUAACAGAUCAAUUCAGCAAUUGGUCACCCAGAAAUAGAAAUCGAUAAAGAAAAAGAAAAAAAGCGAAAUAAGCAGCAAAGAAAACACAAUUUUCAAGUUGAAACAGAUGAAGCGCUGUUAAUCAUAUGUUAAUGUAUAAGUUGUAUGAUUUAAGAGACUUUAGUUAUUUUCUAAGUUACUUUGAAGAAUCCGAUUAAAUUACACUUAUUUCUUACACUUGGUUUUGUUUUUAUUUUCGCCCUUCAGAUUCUAUAGGUUUCUUGGCCCGUAAAACAAAAUCGAACCCCAUAGCGAAAUGCAACUUAUACAUACAUAUAUACAUUAUAUAUAUAGAUGUUAAUGUUAUAACUGUAAUUAAAUAAAUUCUAUACCUAUGCAGUA